CCGACAUCACCAGCGAGUGACAUUGGCAUCGCAUUGGGCGGCGCACCUUGACUGCCAAAUCGCACCCAAGCUUUGACACAGCCCACCAUGGCCUCUGGAUACGGCUUGAACGGGGGCCCGUCCCGCUGCUUUCCUUUCUGGCAGGAGCUUCUCUCGUGCUACGUUGUCAACAGCUCCGACGAUGACGACUCGGGCAAGAAGAAGUGCGUGCCCGCCAUGGAGGACUACUACGAAUGUCUGCACCACAGGAAAGAGGCUGCGAGAGUGAAGAUGCUGCAAGCUGCUUACCGACAAUCCGAGGCCAAGAAGCUGCAGGAGAACCCCCCAACCGCUGGCCAAAUACGGAAUCUUGGGUUGCUGGACAAGGAGGACGACACCAAGAAGGUGCUGGGGACGAACUAGAGCAGGGCCGCCGACAGUGCCGUCUCGACCCGACUCUGUGGAUAUCCGGUCACUGUGUGGACGCCGCCGUUAACUGUCUAGGCAGAGAGGUUGGCGGAAUUGAAUGACCAUCGUUUUGAGCCAGCCAUGCGGGUCCAUUGAUGUCCCUCUGAACAUCCGGCUCGGAUGCUAAGUGCUUUGUGACAGA